CAACAUUUACAGCUGCCCACCAAUGUGAUGGUGAUGUCACUCUGACUGUGACUAUAAGGAAGUGAUACUCUGCUCUCAUUUCUAUUGGUCCUGUGUGACACCUGAUCUCUGUGCAUCAUAGGAAUGGGACAGAGCCGCCUCCCAUGGGCGGGAUCAGAGAAGCUUGUUCUUCCCUUCCAACACAUUCAUGUGAGAGCUGUUAGUGUUAGGGGCUGGAAACUCUCUGCAACUCACUGACAUUCCCAUCCCCUGUACUCACAUCUCCUGCCUCAUCUACUGGGGAUGUGACAUUUAUGAGCCUGUAGGAGCAUCUCGUGUUAUAAAGGAGAUUGAGCAAAGGGCAGAAGUGAAAGUGGAGAAUGAGGAGUCGGACUGGGGGGAUAAUGAGGUCUCUAUAACAAGUGAAAUGGAUGUGCCUCCUGCUGAUGGAUUCCAAGAGAGGGAAACAGAAAUAUUACAAUUAAAGAUAAAGGAGGAAGAAGAAGACUCUGAUUAUUAUCAGAACCCAAUGGGAAGCUCAGCGGCCUCACUUACUGAUGUGGUCACUGAAAUUAAAUGUGAGGAGGAAGACUCUGUCAUAAAGCAUCACGUCACUGCCGUAAAGUGUGAAUGUGAGUCAGUGAAUGUGGCUGCUUCCUCAGAGGCAGAACUGGAAGUAUUACAGAUAAAGAUAAAGGAAGAAGAUCCUGAAGAUCAUCUGAACUCAGUAGAAAGCUCAGAAGAGGCACUUGCUGAAGGUGAGAGUUGUAGCCGUUGGGAUCCUGACCCCUCGGAAUGUUUGAUAAGUCCCAAGAAAUCACUGUUGGUAGAAGCCAGUUCUCAUUUGGAUUCAUUGGAUUCAGCUAAGGAGUCAUUACAGGAGGCUGGAGUGUUGCGGACACAACACAAAACACAGACUGACUCUGAGGAAUACGAGGACUGCUCAGCAAGCGCCGACACAUCUGCUUUUAUCUGUGAAAAAUGCGGGAAAUGUUUCUUUGGCAAUAGGGAUCCUCCCACCCACCUCUGUGCUGCCGGUACUGAGAAUUUACUGGAUCAGUGUAAUAAUGAGACCAUACAGGGGAGUCUCUUUACCUGCACUGAAUGUGGCAAACACUACAACAAUAAAUGUAGCCUAAAAACACAUCAGUUGCGGCACAUAGGAGUGAAACCAUUCACAUGCCCCGACUGCGGUAAAACGUUUUCUCUAAAGAAAGAUCUCAACAGACACCAAAAAAUUCACACUGGAGAGAAACCGUUCACUUGCACAGAAUGCGGCAAAGGCUUUUAUCUAAGGGGCAACCUUAAUAUUCACUACAAGAUUCACACUGGAGAAAAGCCUUACGCUUGCACGGAAUGCGGCAAAAGCUUCUCUGAGAAGAGCAAGCUCCGCAAACACCACAAGAUUCACACGGGAGAGAAACCGUUCACCUGCACGGAGUGUGGCAAGAGUUACUCUGAGAAGAGCAAGCUUCUCAACCACCAUAAAGUCCACACGGGGGAGAACCUUUUCAACUGCACGGAAUGUGGUGGAACCUUUCUAACCAAAAACUCGCUCACGCAACAUCAGAUGAUCCACACCGGGGAGAAACCAUUCACCUGUACGGAAUGUGGGAAAGGCUUCUCUACUAAAAACAGCCUGACGUCCCACGAGAGGAUUCACACCGGGGAGAAACCCUUCACCUGCUCUGAGUGCGGGAAAUGCUUUUCUCGGAAGUGCAACCUUAACGUCCACGAGAGAAUUCACAGAAAGGAAGAGGGAAAGGAAAGAGAGCGCAAGUCGUUCCCGUGUGCAGAAUGUGGCAAGACUUUCGCCGUAAAGAACAACCUUAAGAAGCACCAGCAAAUUCACACACUGCAGAGAACCAUUCAGAGGAAAAGGAACAUCAUCGCUCAGCAGCACAAUGUGCUCAUGGGACAGGAACAGGCGGGACUUACAUCAGUGACUUUGUGCUCUGCUAUUAGUGCCCCUCAGUUAUUAGACAGCAAAUUAAUUACAGUGUUGUUUCUACCUCAGACUUCCUAGCUGGGAGCUACUCGGUUAUGUCAGGGGCCUCAUUCUACCCUGUCAACCCCCAACACUAACUCUGGCUGAGUAGUUGUAACUACACCACAGUGUAGUAAAGGAAACCACCGGGUCCAUGUGUCACUGCAGUAAUUCUGCAACUUCCCAGUCUGAAUUCCAACAAGGUUCCAUUCUGCCUAGCGAAACGUCAUUAGUACACUUACGCUGAGGUCAGUUUGAAUAGGGCGGGUACAUAUAGGUUAUAUAUAUAUAUAUAUAUAUAUAUAUA